GGACGCAGCACAGAGUGCAGCUAACGGGAGGCUCCGACAGAAUGAUGGAGUUAUUAAGAGGAGAAGCGGAGCAUGUCGGGAAAUGACGCCUUGGUUGAGAAGAACCGUGACUUCAUGAGUUUUUUUUUUUUCGGUUUUCCGGUGGGUUUAUUCAUCCGGAGGCAGCGGUCAGCGGGGCUGCCUGAAGCUGCAGCCUGCAUGGCACCGUCAUCUUCCCCCGCGUUCAUUUAACAUGCUAACAUCUCAGGUCCGGACGUGUGCGGCUCUGCCCGCAGCUGCUCACUAGCCCCGAUCAGCCUCACCCUCACCCCGCAGCUCGGUAACCGAACCGCCGAGUGGCACCGAGGAUGGCCGCCCGCCGCGGCUGCGUGAACUCGCUCUGGUCCGGCACCGAGCGCGUCCGCAUCGGGGAGCGCCUCAAAGCCACGCUGGCCGGGGUGCUGGAGCUGGAGGUUCUCCGGCGGAGGCACCUGGAGAUGGUGGGAACGGCUCUGGUGGACCGAGCCGACACGGAGGAAGAGGAAGAGGAGGAGGAGGAGGGCAGCGGGAGACGCACCUCCUCGGACGCGGAGCGCGGCUCUGCGACAUCCCGCCGGCAACAGGCUCCCUCUCCCACAAACACAAUGGGGUCUCCAUGUCAGAGCAGCCCCGAGGACUGUGGCAGUAACUCGGGGGACGUGACAGUCCAGUCCACCUCAAACAGGGGGAGUAACUCGCGCUGGUCCAGUCUGUCCUGGGACGCCCCUUCCGAGUUGCUCUCCCCUCCGACUCCAGACCUGAGCGGUACGGUUCCCCCGGACGGCGACUCCAGACCCAGUUCAGGUUUCUAUUCAGUGAGUGGGAGCUCUUUGUCGGACUCCUGUUACUCCGUGUCCAGCGAUGCCGCCCAUGGUGGAGCCCCGCCCCCCGCCAGACCUCUGAAGCUUUGGGAACAGGGUCCCGGGUCUGCUGAGAACACUGACAUCCUGUGGUCAGAGGAGGCGGUGCAGACGCAGCAGCCUGAGACGAACAAGAGUCGAGACCCGGAACCAACGGAGGAACCAGAACCAGGUUCAGGGGACCUGGAUGCCACUGGUCUGAGCUUCCUGUCUGAUCUUUGCACAGUUCUUGGUGACUCCUUGAUUUUCUCCAUCAUGCCUCUCCUGAGCACCGUUUCUCCUGCAUCCCACCAUUCAAAGCUCCAGCUGGACCCCAGCUACUGCACAGAUCUAGUAUCUCGUCGGACCAAAGAGGUGUACUCCUAUCCGAGCCCGCUCCACGCCGUUGCCCUCCAGAGUCCACUCUUCACCUCCCAGAACCAGGAGCAAUCGACCUCCACGGCUGAGGAAACGGAUCACGACGAGCUGAUAGAUGCUGACUUUAAACCAGUUCCCCUCCAGCCUCAGCAGCCGCCGGCUCUGGCCUCUGUCAGUCAUUUGGAGCAAUACAUCUCUAAGCUGGUUCAACAGUACCACAGUCGGAUGACCUCUUCCACCUCUGAUCUCAGCUCAGCUGCCACUCCUGGUCCAGUCGCACCCAAAGGUCUUUGUACCCCUGGCAAAAGCCAUGGCUCCACCCAAUCACUGUCUGCCUUUGAAAGCCGUAGUACACCCUCCACCCUGCCAGGGGGGAGCAUCACACCCUCCAAAUCCCUGUUGGGGAACUCGUCCAGAGUCAGCCUCAGCGCCAUGGGAAAAAAAGCUACCAGGAAUUCAAUCAACCUGGGUAACCUUCCCUCAGCAACUGGUGAGGACCUGAGCAUAAACCUGCACCUCAACCUCAACUUGAACCUGACCCCUGGGAUGAACUCUAGCCACAGUCUGACAGACAAUCCCAAAAAUGGCAGCUGCGGAGUUCCGAGGAGCGACUUUUCUACCACUUCAACCGCCUCGGCCUCUUCCCUUUCGUCCGCUACGCCCACCCCAGGACCGAGGUCUCGUUCUCGGAUUUCAACUUGUCCGAGCAGCCUGAGCCACCGCAGCUCCCUGGAGGUCCCGUCCACUCCGGGAGCCGGUUCUGCUUUUAGAUCGUCCACCUUCUGUCGCUCGUUGGACUGGAGCAGCGGUGCACCGCCCGAGACCGGACAGUUUGUUUUAAAUACCGGAUCGGCUCCCGGGUCUCAGCGCAGCAGCUUGAUCCAAGAGUCAGGCUCUGGUUCCAAGCUGAGUGAAGACUCCCCCAUGGUGGGGGAGAUCUCCCGCCUUUCUGGUCUGUCCAGGUCUGUGGUUGUUGGACUGAUGGAACAGGGGGUGGAGCUGGAUAUUGACUGCUUUCAAACAGAUUCAGCAGGUGAGGUGAGGGGCCACAGUAAAGGUCACCUCACAGCCCAGAAGGAUCAGACCCAUGACUUUACCAGACUGAUUGAGGUGAGUCCUCAGAGACCCAUACAGCUCUCUCUUAGUGUCACCCAUUCUCCACAGUCUCAGUCCAGCCUCACCCCCCCUCUCUCACACUCCAGCAGCCCCAUCCACCCAUACCAGUCCGUCCAUGUUCCGUCUUCCCACUACGCCUCAUACGGCCACUACCAGCACAUCCCUUCCCCGUCCGACCUCCCCUCCUCUACAGCGUCCUCCCCGGCUUCGCACCCCACGCCGAGGGCUCACUCCCCGCCGCGUCCCCUGCAGCCGUCCCCACUGGGCGCAACCCCCCUCUCCGUUUUCCGCCGGGAUUCGCCCUUCCAGUGCUCCCUGCCCCACACUAACUCCAGAACCUCGCCUCUGGAGCACGGUGGCAUCCAGGUGAGAAGCGGGUCGCUCCGGCACAGCGGGGGGGACGGUGAGGGCGGCGGCAGGUGGAAGAAGGCGGAGGGAGAGGGUCUCUACAGAGGGAAGCACGCCUCCCAUAGGCUGGUCAGGGCCGCUACAGUUAGCAGCUACGCUAAGAGAGACAACUACAGCUCUGUUUGGGCUGAGGAGGAAGAACAGGAACGAGCCGCGGCUCAGACCCCCAGGAAGUCACCCGGCAAGCUCUGGAGGGGCUUUGAGGGACGCCUCUGGGGCAAAGACUCUGAAAGCGAAAAGGAGGAGCUGGACAGAGCUGAAUAUGGGUACGGCUGGAGCAGGGGCAACAUUGGAACCUGGAGGAGGGAGGCCCGUAGGGUGAAGGCAACGUACAGCAGCGUUGACAAAAAGCCAAAAGUCGAUUGCUCCCCCAUCUUCUCAAGAAUGAGAGGGAAGGACGAGGGGGAGAGACACAGCUCCAACUCCCGUCUCUCCAGGAGGGCUCUGUUCAGGAGUGAGUCCCAGGGCCUGCUGGUGCCUCGAAACCACCGAGAAGAGCCGACGAAGAGGGCGCACUGGGUGUCCUCCUUAGACGUGGCGCAGGGCGGAGCGGGGGUGGGCAAAGACGAAGGGCUCCGGCUGCUGAGGGCGAAGGAAGAGGACAAACGCCUGUCUUCCACCGCCAGCCUCUUCAACCUGUCUCGAUCCCAGAGCCUCGAGGGCAGCUGCCAGUCGCUCUCCCCGCUGUCCUCCCCGUCGUUCUCACCUUCCCCGCCUCCGCGGGGGCCUCUCCAGCGCUCCCGCUCACUGAGGGAUUUGGGCAGGAAGGUUUUCGGCUCGAUGAGGUCGCUGAGUCUCAAACAGAAGCCGUCCAAGUAGUGACACUUGUACAUUGAGCAUCGAAGCGUCGCCGACGUGUUGCAUUCAAAACACCAGUUGUGCUUAGUGUUUUAUUUGAUGUAAAAGGAAGUGCCAUCACUGUUUAAAUUUUAAUAUUAAACAAGUAUUGAGUUGACAGACUGCCAGGUUCUCUAAUACAGCCCUUAAACACAUAGUGUAGGAGUUUCUUUCAUACAAAACUUCAUUUUCUGAAGAAAUUAUAAACCAUAGCCAGUUUUUAUAUCUUCUAAAAAUAUGCUUAUCGAACUUCUUUGAAACAUCAUUUCGCAGCUUUGAAGUCUAGUGUUGAAUUGAUUUAUUUAGCCGGCAAAAGUGCUGGAAGGUGCUGGUGUGGUGGAGAAAAAAAAAAACAAUUUGUGAAUAAAUAAAUACCAUUUAAGACCAAUAAUAAUAAUAAUUCAAAGGAGGAAAGAGAAUAUUUUAAAACAACUUCAGACAUUUUUUUUCUUGAAUUUUUCAGAGUCUCCAAGGAUCUGACAGCUCAACACCACUUUGGGAUAUUUUUGUGAGAAAAAAAAGCUCCAUUUUAUCCAACUCAAUAGUAACUUAUUAUUGGCUAUAAAAAUCUUAACUGCGUAAGAGUCUAACCAGUACGAAUGUGUAUACACAUACUCCCCCCUCCCUGCAUGCUGCUCUGUGACUUGUUCAGUGAAUAUAUCUGUUGUGAGAAUGUAAUAUUCUUCUUUGACUUUUGGCAAUACCGCUUCUGAAGUACAAUCAUGUUGGCCAGAUAAUGACCAAAACCAAGCAGAAACUCUUUAACUUGAUAUUUUGCUCAGGAUUUUAAAACGAUUAUUGAAUUAUUAAAAGACUUAAGAGUAUGUAUGAGAAUAAACUGUGGCUUUUUGUGGCUUAUGACAAAUAAAAGGAAGCGAAUAAA